AUGUGUUCAAAUCUACGGUGUGGCGAGGAGCGUCAGUGUCACGGGAACAUAGGCCUUGUCUUCCUCAUACAUUGGUGGAUAGGAAUGAUGCGCUUGGCUGAAGAAAGGCCAGGAGACGAAACAUCAGGCUCAAGACCAGAAUGGAGCCAGAAGAUGGGGCAAAGGUCAGGCCAGCUUUCACAGUGUAAAGCCACAGAAUAUGAAGGGAGGUUAAUGAGAGAAAAGUUUGAGAUUACCCAAGAUUAUCCCGAGAUUAUCCACAAAAUUCUACCAGUUGAAAGUGUGAAGGGAUUUACAGAAUUAGACAUCAUUUCCCAAAAUACGCUAUGCAUUUCUCUGACAUUAUUGCCUAGCAAUGCAGGGGCAUUCAGUGCACCUCCUAUGAGCUAUGGUCAUCCGGUAAUGCAGCAGGGAGGGCCAGCGUCAAUGACGGCACUUCCGGACUCAAAGGCAGGAGAGACUGGCAAGUUAUCAAAGACUGCAGUUCUUUCACUGAUCAAGGCGCUCAACCAGCGUAUUGCUGAACUGGAGAAAUUAGACGCAUUGUGCCAGCACUUCGACCAGCGCAUCAGGGAAUUGGAUGGGUCUGUCCAGCAACGUAUUUCUGAGGCUAUGAAAGACUUAGUACAGACAGCGCCAGUGAGAGGUCACAAUGCAGAAGGCACUGACGAAGAAAGCUUGGAGGAUGAAGGGGAGAUGGACCGUGUUGAGGCAA